CGACAGGAUGAGAGAGGGACGGCAUCUGGUGAGGAGGGGGAGACAGCGUCCGUUAUGCUCCACCUAGCCCAGUCAGGUCUCCAGCGAUCUUCUGAGAGCAAGUGUUUUCUCACGUUCUUGCAACGCCCGAAUAGGGUUGCUCCCGUACGCUUUCCCCGGACUCGAACCGCCGCCUCCUUUCCCCUUUCCUCCGAGCAACGUAAACGAACGCGCCGGACCCGUGCUCGGCGGAGUCCAUUUCUAAGAAAGACUCCAAGAGCGCUCGACGCUUGUCAAUGAACCCCUCCUGACCGACUUGACAUCUACAUAGAGAAAAAGCGGUGUCUGCGCCGCUCGCCGUCCCUGUCCGGCGCUACAAUACGCUUGGAUCUCCUCCAAUCCCGCUUUCACCGACUCUUUAUUCCGCUUGCCCCUUCCUGGUUUUGGCAAGAUGACUUACGACUUCCACGCCGCGGGGGGGGAAGCCGCACUGUUGGAGCAGCUUGUGUAUGACCACCGGGACCGCUACUCGUAUACCGCCGUCUCCUCGGCGGCACCGGCUCAAGACCUCACCUCGACCGCCCUGACCACCAUGCCGCAAGCAAACCGCCAGAGCUUGAGCCCGGUGACGAGCUGGUUGCCGCUCGAUCUGACCGGAACCGUCAGUGCGCCGGUGUCGAUUCACUCGCCCAACUCGGCCAGCGUGCCGCCUUCGUCCCCGGGUGACCAGAGCGCCCACUCUCCGGGACAUCACAGCAGCACCAUGUCGAGCCCGCUCCAGCAGCAGCCGUCUCCGUAUCAGACGGCCGCUCACCCAAACUCAGCCGGGCUGAUGCAGGACUGGUCGGGGGCUCUUCCGCUGCAGGCUCAGCAACAGCCCGCCGCCGAUCUCUCUCAGUUUAUCCAGGACUCGGCCCUGAUCAGCUUCAACCCAUAUACGUCCAACUUCCAGCCUGCCCCGAUCGAGUAUCUUCCGACAACCACUCAGGCUACGCUCGAUGCUGGGCUGCAGCUGGAAUCGCCGUUCGCCACAAUGUCUCCGAUUGAUACCACCUCCCGGGUAAUGCAGUGGGGGGCGGGCAUGGCGAACUGGCAGGACUUCGAACCGACCCUGAACUUCCAGGCAGACGGGCUUCCGCGUGUUAGGAGUCUUGGAAGCCAUUCCCCGACUGGGACGUACUUGGAGGUCCUGUCGCUAGGCUCGAGUAGCGACAAUGGUUGGACAUCGGUGGACAUGUAUCCGAGCUCUGACACCUUCCCGCAAACUCAGCACUCGCACAACGCCGCAAUCUUCAACCCGAGUCAGACCCUGCACUUGCGGAACAAUUCCGAUUUGUCCACAUCUGACGCCAACUCGCUCGAGUUUGGCAGCUAUGAGGAGGUGGCUUUCCCUUACUCUCCCUACUCGCCAGCAUCCGACUCCUUCGUCGACGCGUCAAGCAACCACCGAAACUGCGUGCCCGGAGAGCACCAUCACCACCACCAGCCGCCAUCAACCGCCUCGGAGCUCAUCAGCCCUUCUGCCGCCGUUGCUCCCGUGCCUAUCAAGACUGUUUCGACUACCCGGCCCCUCCUUGGUAGCGGUUCGAGUGGCUCUGGCUCUACUUCACCCCCCGCAAGGCGGAAUUCGGGGACGAGAAAGAGCCCUAUUGCCAAGGCCACAAAGCCCGUCAUCCGGAGGACGUCGACAGGAAAGAAGGACGGCACUGGCGAGAAGAAGGUUGGCCGGAGGCGCGGCCCCCUGCUUCCGGAGCAGCGGAAGCAGGCCAGCGAGAUUAGGAAGCUCCGAGCCUGUCUGCGCUGCAAGUUCCUCAAGAAGACGUGUGAUAAGGGUGAACCCUGCGCCGGGUGCCAGCCUUCUCACGCUCGCUUGUGGCAGGUUCCGUGCACUCGUAUCGACAUCAAGGAUAUCGGGUACUUCAUGAAGGACUGGAAGGCCGACUAUGAGCGGCAUCUCGGCCGUGGCGUGUCUGUUUUCAACGUGAAGGGGUUCGCGCAGAAGGAGACGCUGAUGUGGAUCACCCACGGCUACGGGUUCUGCCUCCCCGUCAUGGUGCGCGAGGUCUACGUCGCGGACGACAGUUGCUUCCAAGUCGAUUGGGUUGAGUCAACGCUUCAGGAUCAGGACCCCAUCGACUUUGAGAUUCGCACCGAGCGUCUUGACGUUGGCCAGGAUGGCAUCUCGAUGGAGGCUCUCCAUGAGUAUCUCGACAAGCACAUCGAUGAGGGCUUUGAGCGGUUCAUUGACGACCACUUUGAGGGCACACCGUUCAUCACUGAGAUCUUCAAGACGGCGUAUCGCUUCUACACCAAGGAGAGGCUACCGGUCAUCCGCAAAGCCCUGAAGCUGGUUGUGGCUUACAAUCUUACAUUGCACAUCACCAUGGUCGAGCAGCCGCCAUCGGAGGAACCAAUGGAGGGCCAGAUCGACGACGAAGAUUCCAAGUACUAUGGAAAGGUCGUCGCCCCUGUCAUGAUCAACUUCCAGAUCAAGUGCGCCAUGGCCGACAUGUGGCGUGAGCUCCAGAAGGAUAUCCUGGAGGAGCUGUCGGCUCUCUACUCGAGCGUUUACAGCGGAGAGCGGCUGAAGAACUGGCCGACCAUCUUCAUGCUUGCCUCCAUCCUCCUGGCUGUCUGGGAGGAGGUUCAGUUCGACUGCCACUACCGCGUGCCCGACCCUGUUGCUGUGGAGAAGUUCUGCCACGACAUGGAGACCGUGCCAGUCGGCGUGAUCGUCGGGUUAUUCCAUGCAAUUUCGCAGAAGCUGCCCGCCUUCACCGAGUGGGAUACUCGGAGGCAUGGCCAGCUGCUCAACAACAACCCUGCUGUCUGCGAGGCCAUGACAGAAGUGCGGCAACAUGUCAUCAAGCAUGAGGCGUACCUACGGACGCGUGCCGACUCUAAGUUCGACCGAUAUGACUUUGAUUCCUUAUCGAACAAGCUCCUCUCGAAGCUGGUCAUCCGGUCUAACUAGUAGAUGCCGGCUCCCUUCGACGUGUUAUUCCGUUAUGUUCCGCUUUUUUCUUUCUUGGUUUGAUUUCUGGCCUGCUGCUGAGCGAAGGCGUUAAAUCUUGUUCUUUCGUGCUUAUCUUCUCUUCUCUUUAUUCGACUGACACGACUCUCGCUAUGAUUUUCAUCUUCUCGACUCUCACUUGGGGCUGGCUCCUAUACGGGCUACGCUAUUACGAAAUGACUCACGUCCAUCAUGACGAGAAAAGGCAUUGAGUUAUGACCAAACACACACAGACACAGACACACACACACGCAUACACAUUUACUCUCUCUUUAUGAUCGUUAGACACGCACACUGCACACACAAGCCCGUUUCAACAGCACCGAUGAUCCUGUAUGCCACGAGGGCGACUCAAAGGGAAACAUGGACGGGAAGGGCGCAUGGCGAGG